CGCGCGCACUCGCCCCGCGUCCCAGCUACCUGCCGCUGCUGGCUGCUGCCGCGAUGUGAUUCGCUGCGCCGCCGCGUCCUGCCCCUGCGACACAGGCUGCCCCGCUGUGCGCGUCACGUGGAGUAAACACUGUGGCCAGCGUCCGCUGCCCCAGCGAGACACUGUAGCGCUGUCCGGCGUCCUUGACGCGGAGCGCUUUUCGCAAGGUUAAGCCGUGAGCGCCUGUCUACUCGUUAACGCUCCCCACAGCUGACCCGAGAGAGAAUAAGAGGCACAGCCACAAUCGAUAUCAGGCCCACCGGUGACCCGCAUCCCGGGGGUUGCCAAAAUGGAUUUUCGUGCUGGCGUCGUCCUGUGGUUGGCAGUACUCUGUCUACAGUACCAAAUCUCUUCUGCUGAGCCUUCGUCGAACUGCUCAGCGUAUCGCGCUGCUAACCAUGACGAAGGUGGAGGUGACGUCAGAGAAAGCAAGAUCGCAGAGACCGCCCCGUGGUGUGGAGACGAGCAGAAAUCAGACGAGAGUGGGAAGAACUACCAGAGACAAAUCCGCACCCUGGCAGACAAUCGCCUUCCAGGUGUGGACGGGAUGCGCUCGAUGCAACGCCUGCCGUGGAUCGGCGGCGACAUCCAGAAGUUCGCUGCUGACCUGCACGACGCCAAAGUGAGGGCCGACGCCGAACGACAGCCGACCGAGGAGUUCCACAAGGUGGCUGAAAGUCUGAUGGAGCUUCUCGUGCGGAUCUCAGAGAAUCCUGAUCACUGGAGAGUGAUGACGAAGAACAUCCUCCAAGCGCGUGUGACCGGCGGCGACGGCGACGGCGUGCUGCCCCCAGAGGACAAGAAGAGCAGCGCCGACAACCGCAGCGACAACCCGCCGCCGCGGCCGGGCCGCACGCGCACGCCGGACAGCCGCAGGCGGCGGCUGGGCUUCAACCUCAACAAGAAGAAGAAGCCGCGUCAGAAGGGCCAGCGCCAGCGGCAGGGCCAGGCCGAGGGCCAGGAGAAGGACGCCGACGCGAACCGCACGGACGCGCUCGCCGCGGGCCGCCCGCUCACCGAGCAGGAGGCGCGCCGCCAACGGCUGCGGCAGCUGGCCGAGGCGGGCGUCGUCGUGCCCACCGUGCCAGCGCUGCCCAGGCCGGGGGCCGGCGGGGGCCGCGCGGGCGGCGGGGGCGGCAGGGGCGGGGGCGGCGGCAAGGGCCGCCGGCCAAAGGUGGCGGCGCCGCCCACCACCCAGCUGCCGCCCCGCGAGAACCAGCUGCUCAAGCAGGACUGGCGCAACUUCCAGCAGCAGAAGAUGAUGUGGAAGCACACGCGGCCCACCUUCGAGCCCGAGAACCCCGGUCAGGGCAAGGUCAGUACUGCUGCUGCCUGCCGUAUCAAAACCGUAGACCAGACUGGGUCUGAAGCCAGGAACCUUACCUUUGCAUGA